AUGAUAUCUGUAAAAUAUUUAAAUAGUUAUAAAACAAUGUCGGAAGAAAACAUUCAAAUAUUGGAGCAAUGUCCUUCAAUGUUCCGACCAUUUUACAAUGUCAAAAAUAACAUCAUUUUGAACAAUGGUCAUAGUUCACUGUUACCGACAGUCCCUAACGACGCAACAUAUGAUCGUCCUUUCUCUCUAUCGAAUACAUAUACAACAAUGAUUGAUUAUAUAAAAUAUAAAAGAAAAAGUUUAUUAAAAACAAGAGAAUAUUUAGUUAAUAAAAUGGAUGGUGGAACAAUGGCAUUGGAUUGGUAUGAUUUCGGAGUUGGUGGUGAUGAUAAAACUCCAAUUGUUAUUUUUAAUCAUAGUUUUUUGGGAGGUUCAGACGAUGAUUCUUAUAUUAAUUAUUUCUGUCGAUAUGCACAUGAAACCAAAGGAUUUAGAUCGGUAGUGUUUAUAAAUAGAGGUUGUUCUGGCAUUCCUAUUACAGCCAACACCACUGGUUUGGGAUGCAGAACGGAUGAUUUUGAAAUUGCCGUCGAUUACAUCAAACAAAAAUAUCCAAAUACUAUAUUAUUUAAUAUUGGAAGUUAUUUAGGUGGUACAAUUGGUUUAAAUUAUUUAUAUAAAUAUAAAGAGGAAUCACCUAUAACUGCUCAUGUUUGUAUUUCGAAUCCUGUCGAUUUAGGAGAGAGUUACGAUUCCUACACGAAAACAUUUAAGAAUAGGAUGAUAGAUUAUCGGGUGUUGCACAGACAAUUGGUGAAAUACUACAGUAAAUUCGAUUCAAGACUAAAGAUGGUGGGUACAACACUUGAUGAUAUCAAACGAGCGAAAUCACUUCGUGAAAUCGAUCAGUUGACCACCGUGAAAAUGUUUGGAUAUAGGAAUGUCGAUGAUUACUAUGACGAUGCCAAUAGGGGCAUCGAAAACAUAGAGAACCUAGGUAGACCGAUAUUGAUGUUGAGCAACGAUCAUGACCCUAGGUCAAUAUACGAAAAACUACCUCUACAGAAAAUAAAAACAAAUGAACGCGUCAUUUUGGCACUAACAAAACAAACACAAGAACAAUUUGGUUUGACAACAUCUAUUAGUAGUAGUAGUAGUAGUAGUAGUUGGAAUAAUUGGUGUCAUAGAGCUGCACUCGAAUAUCUAUCUACUUUUGUAAAGAAAAUAAAAUAA